AUGGCGCGCCGUUUCCUACGCGGGCAAAAUGUUACUGUUGGCGUGAGCCUGGUUUUGUUCAUCUUCAUGUUCCUCCCAACCUUCUUGGUCCUCUUGGCAGUGGUGGUAUUCUUUGUGCUUGCCUAUCCUCGUUUGCGAAAGUCCUAUGCAGUGAACGAGAAACACGAUGGCCAAGUUGGCGAGCUGUGA